ACUAAAAAACGUUUCCCCACAAUUCUUUAUAUAUCUUUGGUAGUCUUGGCAUGGCAAAUGCCAUUCAUGUAUACUAUGUACAAUAAGUAAGUAAAUAACACUCCAUUUUAAAAUACUUUUAAACAAUUUUUUUGAUUGACUGACUUAAAAUUUUGAAGACACGCACAUUCAUCGUUCAUAUGUAGUAUAGAUUCAACAUCCAAGAACCUAACAUGCAAUGUUCCAACAAAUAAAAAUCUUAUCUUAUUAAGUCUCAAAUCAUUUUAGAUUAUUUUUUUGUCAAGAUUCUCAAUUCAUUUGAUUAUCUACACGUACCUAACACUGCUAAGAAGCUUAUGGUCAAAAUGUGGAGACACUGAUUUAGUAUAUUCAGAUAUAAUUAUGUACCUUCUUCUUCAGACCGCCUCUGUAUUGAUAUCCCAACAUGUUAGUCACUACUUCUCCACGCCGACAUAGACGUGCUUUCCACUUCUUCCCCCAUUUAUAUAUAUUCAGAGAAUUCUGACCGUAAAAAUCAAACCUUUUCGUUCAUUAUCUUAAGUACAUCUUCUUAAGAUUUCUGAGUUUGUUAUGUCUCCUCCAGCAUUGAUUGUGUUUGAAGAUGGUUUAAUCCAGAAAUGGAGCAACGACGAUUGGCAGGGUUUCAGCGUUUAUCCCGGAGAAAACCCUAACCCUAAUAUUAAUUUCUUGGUGAAGAAGGCGGCUCUGCAGAACCAGAUGACCGUCUCUCGCCCAUCAGUGAACGACGAAAGCUUCAGAAUGGUCUUACCUCUUGCGAUGUCUCCGCCAAGAGACAACGCUGUGCCUCUUCCUGUUCUUCCCGAGCCGAUGAUGAGACCACGGAAGAAGCUUAGCCACCAAGAAUCAAUGCUUUCUAUACGAAAAUAUAGGUAUCCCGAGAAAAACUUCUACCAAGAAGAAGAAAAUUUCAAGUGCAAUGCCUUCUGUUUAUCCUUCCCUGGGUUUGGAAAAAAACUUGUGAGAUCACCAAAAAGCGAGGAUUCUAUAAAGAAGAAAAUGAUCAAAGCGUCAUCAUUCUCAAAUUCCACUGUCUCACUAAGUGCCUCGCUCGAGAAAUUCGAAUGUGGCUCAUGGGCUUCAACGACAGCUCUAACCCGCGAAAACGGCAGAUUGUAUUUCGAUCUGCCGGUGGAGAUGAUCAAAUGUGGCGGUGGAGAUGUGCAAGAACCAGUGAGUUCUGGUUUCUUCUUUGACAAGGAAACGGGAAAUCUAGCUUUGAGAAGCGUUCUAAAGAAAAGCAGUUCUCUGUCGGGAAGACAACUAAGGGAUUCGGCGGAGACAUCCCCGCAACGCCGUGUCAGAUUCUCGACCACAACCUCGGAUUCGUGCCCAGCUUCGCCACGAACAUGUAUUACCCCAAGACUGUUGAAAGCUAGAGAUGAUUUCAAUACCUUCUUAGCAGCACAGAACGCGUGAAACACACAAAACAACAAAAAAAAAAAAAAAAACAGAGCACUAAGACUUUGCAAUAAUACAUGUUCGGUCUGUAUAUAUCAUUGGAGAGAGAAGUUUCAUCUUCCGUUUAGAUUUGAGUCUCCUUUACGUUCCAAAAUCGAUGAAAGACAUUAUGAGCAUUUGAAAAAUAUGAUAUUUCACCUUUCCUUCAAAAAGUUCAGAUCUUUAUGCUCUGCUUUGUUUUCCUCUGUUUUCUGCAUAGUUCUCCAUUUUUACGAAUUGGAAAAAGUACCCAAAUUUUUUCUUCA